AUGGCAGAGAACUUUGGUCUUGAAAGCAUUAUUGAUACUUUAGCACAAGCUACUAGUCAAUCAACUGCAAAUUUAAAAAGAGCUGAACAACUGUUGAAAUCAUGGGAGACCCAUCGUCACUUUUAUCUAUCGUUACAGACUAUUUUCUCCAAUUAUGAAAUACAAACUAAUGUCCGCUGGAUGGCAGUCCUGUAUUUCAAAAAUGGUGUUGAUAGAUAUUGGCGAAAGACUGCUCCGAAUGCCAUUAAUGAAGAAGAAAAAGCAAUAUUAAGGACGCGUUUACUGUCUGCUAUCAACAAUCCUGAACCUGUAAAUCAGAUUGCUACGCAAAUUGCAGUCUUGCUUAGCAAGAUUGCAAGAAUUGAUUUUCCUAGGCAAUGGCCUGAACUAGUCCCAUUUUUGUUGGAAGCUGUCCGUAGCACCGACAACUUGAAAAAGAACAGAGCUCUAUUGACUUUGCAUCAUGCAAUCAAAGCUUUUGCCUCAAAGUGUUUAUUUACUGACAGGGUUAUCUUUUCCCAGAUUGCUAAUAGUAUAUUUUCGUAUCUAUUGGAGCAAUGGAUUCACAACACUGACAGUUUUGUCAAACUCGUCUCUCAACAGCGAAAUGAUGAAGCAGGCGUAAUGUUGAAUUCCUCCCUAUUAAUCCUAAAAGUUUUACGAAAGCUUGUUAUAUAUGGAAUCGAUGAACGUAAACCUUUGUAUGAGUUAAAGGAUUUUAUGGAUGCAUUAUUUCAGCGCAUAUCAAUUGUUUUAAAUCUUCGAGGAAAGCUAGGAGCGAAUCAUACAUUAAUGCAAUCAACUGAAAAGCUGCUAAUACUUAUUCUGAAGAUUUUUAUUGGCACUCAAGAUCAACAUCCUGUACUCUUUAUUCCCUACAUUGUACCUUCCCUGCGAAUGUCAAUUACAUUUAUUUUUUCACAAGAGUAUUUAGGUAAACAUCACCUUUUUGAAAGGUUUAUCAUACACUGCUUAAACCUAAUGAAAGCAAUUGUUUUUACGUGCAGUCGCUUACCGCCUAAAAUGAAAAUAAGUAUGUCUAUCGAUCCAAUCAUUCUGCAAUAUAAACUACAAUUUGGAGUUUUAAAUGAAGAUGAUGUCACGCGAAUAUGUCAAACGUUGAUAUCACGCUUCUUUAUACUGACACAAAAGGAUUUAUUUGAUUGGGAACAAGACCCAGAGGAUUACGAUACCGAGACUGGAGGAGAAGAAUGGAAGUACUCUUUAAGGCCAUGUACGGAGGGAUUAUUUCUGGUAUUAUUCAACGAGUAUCAAGCUUCUAUUAAGCCCGUUGUUUUACAGCUGCUGUCAGGGGUUGCUACCUUUCCUGAUCCAGAUGAUUUGAAUGGUAUUCUGACUAAAGAUGCGACAGUCUACAACGUUACUGGAUUAUUAUCAUCUCAAUUAUAUAAAGAUAUCAACUUCAGUGAAUGGUUUAGCAGUUAUCUCCUCAGGGACAUUAAAAAUGGACAUCCAAACUAUAAGAUUCUGAGGCGACGAGCAGCAUGGGUGAUUGACACUUGGAUGAGCGAAUACCAGCAUGGAAUGAACCUUAUGCGGAUACCGGCUUCUUUUAGAUCUACUUUAUAUGAAGCGCUUCUUAUACUGUUAGACCCAUCUGAAGAUGUCGUUGUUCGAAUAACUACUUCUAGCACAUUUCGAACUGUAAUUGAUGACUUCGAUUUUAGCGUGGCCCAAUUUCUACCGUUUUUAGAAAAGUAUGCGUUGUGCCUAUUCCAGUUACUGCGUCAACUAAAUUCCUGUGAUGCAAAGAUGAGGGUCUUAAGUGUUAUUUCCACAAUGAUUGAUCGCGUGGGGUCACAGAUUACGCCCUUUUCAUCUGAAUUAAUGCAAUAUUUACCACAACUAUGGCAGGAUUCUGAAGAGCAUAAUAUGCUACGAUGUAGUAUACUAUGCACCUUAACUGUUUUAAUCCAGGCUCUAAAGUCUUCCUCUGUUCAGCUGUACCCGUUUUUGCUGCCAGUUAUUCAAUUUAGUACAGACGUCGAGAAGCCGCCGCAUAUAUAUCUAAUUGACGAUGGAAUGGAAUUAUGGAAAAUGACGUUGUGCCAUGCUCCUACUCUAACAAAUGAAUUGUUGCAUUUGUUCCAAAAUAUGCAGCAGUUGCUUGGUUAG